AAAGCAUUGAUCUUAGAGCACUGCACUGAUGUUACAAAGCACAUGCCCCCCAACGAGGGGUGGGUGUCUUUCUGUGUUUCACAAACAGACUUUUCCAUUCCAAUAAGCUGAGCCAGUUUCUCCUAAGCUUAUUGCUUCUUUUCACCCGUCACAUUUGGAUAUAUUCACAAGAAGAAUGCUACUAACGGAUACUGGAUUAUCUUGACUCUUUAACAGGCAGAAGAUGGAUGGGGGGACAGUUUUGGAUGCUCAAACAAUUUCCUUAUAGCUGCUUUGGUUGCUGCUGAGCUGGAGAGGACACUGCUGAGAGGGAGUGGCCUCUUCCUCUCAUCGGGAGAAUGCACACAUCCCUAAUGCCAAUCUCUGCAGCCACCAUGAGCAACAUGACGGUGCUUGACACUGCUGAUCCCUACGACCAUGACAUGACCUCCUCGGAGGCCGUCUACCCAAUCAGCUUCCAGGUCUCUCUCACAGGCUUCCUACUUUUGGAGAUAGUUCUGGGCUUGAGCUCCAACCUCACAGUGCUCGUCCUCUACUGCAUGAAGCAGAACCUCGUCAGCUCCGUCUCCAACAUCAUCACCAUGAACCUGCACGUGGUGGAUGUGCUGGUCUGUGUAUGCUGCAUCCCCAUGACAGCUGUGGUCGUUCUUCUUCCUUUGGAGGCGGAGACCGCCAUGAUCUGCUGUUUCCAUGAGGCCUGUGUGUCCUUUGCAAGUGUAGCCACUGCUGCCACAGUCCUUGCCAUCACUGUGGAUCGCUACGACAUCUCUGUACGGCCGGCUAACCGUGUGCUAACAAUGGGACGAGCUGUGGCUUUACUGGGGUCCAUUUGGGCUCUGUCAGUUUUCAGUUUCCUUGUUCCCUUCAUGGAAGUCGGCUUCUUUAUUGGCCCUGCCUCGGACCUUGUGAACCAGACAGUAGUGGUUGCAGUCACUCAUACGAACGAGUACUACACUGAGCUGGGUUUGUACUAUCACCUGCUUGCACAGAUUCCUAUCUUCUUUUUCACAGCCGUGGUGAUGUUGGUGACUUAUUAUAAGAUCCUUCAGGCACUGAACAUCCGCAUUGGGACUCGUUUUCAGCACAACUUACCCAAAAAGAAGCAAAAGAGUAAAAACACUAUCUCCUUAAGCACUGCGACACAAGCAGAGUCGACGGACGCCUCGCAGAGUAGCACAGGAGUCCGGGCAGGAGGGAGUGCUCCUUUGGGUAUGCGAGCGUCAGUCUCAGUGAUAAUCGCGCUGAGACGAGCUGUGAAGCGUCAUCGAGAGAGGCGAGAGCGGCAGAAGCGAGUCUUCAGGAUGUCUCUCCUUAUCAUCUCUACUUUUCUUCUUUGCUGGACUCCAAUUACUGUUCUUAACACCAUCAUCCUCAGCACCGGGCCCAGCGAUUUAACUGUGCGGCUCCGCCUGGGCUUCCUAGUGAUGGCUUAUGGAACCACUAUUUUCCACCCGCUCCUCUACGCCUUCACUCGGCAGAAGUUCCAGAAGGUUUUGAAAAGUAAAAUGAAGAAGAGGGUGGUUUCUGUGGUCGAAGCCGACCCAACGCCGAACAAUGUGGUAAUCCAUAACUCGUGGAUUGACCCCCGGAGGAACAAGAAGGUCACUUUCGAGGAUACAGAAGCACGACAAAAGUGUCUGUGCUCACAGGAUGCAGAGUAGUGUAAAUAUUUAAAUAUGUACAGCAAAGUCGGAUUCCUGUCGCUGAAUCCAGUGAAAUGGAUGAGGGAGUUUUCAUGCAAAUACAGAAACAGAAAGUGAAAACAUGGAAGAAUUCUAACUAUGAUAAUGGAAUAAACACUGAGAUUAAUAUAUUGAGUACAUAAAUCCUGGGCAGCUUACUAAAAACAUGAGGAUCUACUUCCUGAAAUCAGAGGACUAAAAAGCUAAAAAGCCUCCUUAAAACAUCAGAUUUAAAAAAGGGAAACUUCCAGAUUUGUUUUGCAUUUAUAUUCAUAUCAGCUGAAUUUGUUUUGCAUUUAUAUUCAUCCUUGGUUGAAGAAAUGUGUCAAACAAAGAGGUUUAUUUAUUACUAAUUAUCGUAGGAUGUUGUAGAGUGCUAUCAAGGACAAUUUAGUCAUAAUUAAUAACCUAAGCAGCGCCGUUGUUGUUCUCUGGUUAGCAUAAGAAGAAAAAAAAUGUCUGUACAGUUUAAGGUUGAUAUUGUUUGUCACCAUUUGUAAUAAACAACCAAAGAUGUAAUAUGUGUCAGUAUUGUGCUGCUCUCCUGCUUUCUGUUUGGAUUAUGACAAGGGGACCAAAGAUGAGCAGGGGUCAAAAAUUUGUUUGUUGAGUUUGGUUUCUUCUUCACUUUCCUAAAAAAGAUCCUCUGCAUUUGUUCUGCCAUGUAGGGAAGAAAUGAAGCACAGCUGUGUGCAAACUAAGGUCCCUCUGUGUUUAGAGAGGGUCUUUAUAAGAAAAUGAUCUUAUCAUUAAAGUAU